CCCUAGCAGGAGACUUCGCAGUGUGCGAGAGACCGAUCACGUACGAGAGUAGUCAGUGGGGUGCUCUCUCGCGGUGUGCUCGUGGGCCCACGCGGAUCCCUCCUGUUCCUCACGCACGUAGAGGCCACGCAGCCACUCGCGUCUCUUUCAUCGUCGACGUGAUCCAUCGACGUCGUCCACGUCGCCGUUCACAUCGGUGUGCGCUAGGGCGUGCAGCAUUUGGGGGUGUCCGGUUCGCGCGCCGGAGGUCUGAACGCUCAGAGGUCGGGACGAUUUACGUGUGAUUCAGGAAGCAACGACACGACAGCAUCAUGGCGUUCGCCGGGCUCAAGAAGCAAAUCAACAAAGCGAAUCAGUACAUGACAGAGAAAAUGGGCGGAGCGGAGGGAACGAAGCUCGAUGUCGAUUUCGUGGAUAUGGAGAGGAAAACAGACGUCACGUACGAGCUUGUGGAGGAGCUACAGAUGAAGACGAAGGAGUUCCUUCAACCAAACCCGACAGCAAGAGCGAAGAUGGCUGCAGUCAAAGGUAUAAGCAAGCUCAGCGGUCAGGCAAAGGCGUCCACUUAUCCUCAGCCGGAAGGUGUACUUGGCGAUUGCAUGCUCACUUAUGGCAAGAAAAUGGGCGAAGACAGUAUUUUUGCCCAGGCUCUCAUUGAAAUGGGCGAAGCCAUGAAGCAGAUGGCAGACGUGAAGUAUUCUUUGGACGAUAACAUCAAGCAAAACUUCCUCGAGCCACUGCACCAUCUGCAGCUCAAAGAUCUCAAAGAAGUGAUGCACCAUCGGAAGAAACUGCAAGGCCGUAGACUGGACUUUGAUUGCAAGCGAAGACGCCAGGCAAAAGCAACUGGAAAAAGAUCCGUCAGUCCGCAUUUUGGAAGUCCUGCGCGAUUGGGCAUCUCGUCGCCAUAUACUGGUUCUCACGUUUCAGACGACGAGAUUCGUCAAGCUGAAGAGAAGUUCGAAGAGAGUCUCCAUUUGGCACAGAUGGGCAUGUUUAAUCUGCUGGCGAACGACGUCGAACAAGUGGCACAAUUGGCAACUUUCAGUGAGGCUCUUCUUGAAUAUCAUCAACAGUGCACUGAGGUCCUCAGGGGAUUGACGGAAACACUUUUGGAAAAGAAAGAGGAGGCCGUACAUAGACCAAAGAUGGAAUUUGUGCCGAAGACACUGGCGGAUCUGCACGUGGAUAGUGGAUUGCCGACGUCGGACCAUAUGAACGGGGCAAGUCGGGCCGGCUCUCCGAUUGCGGACGGGAAGCGCUCGCAGCUCGAGCUAUUUCCGGCCGGAAACCCGCCACAAUCUACCAAUGCUUCACCUUUGCCCUCGCCGAGCAAAUCACCAGCGAGAACGCCGAUGACACAGAGAACGCCGUGCUGCACAGCUCUGUACGACUUCGAGCCCGAGAAUCCUGGGGAACUUGGAUUUAAGGAGAACGACACGAUCACCUUGACUCAGAAGAUCGACGAGAAUUGGUUUGAGGGCAGCCUGGACGGCCGCACCGGUUACUUCCCUGUGACCUACGUGCAGGUCGUAGUGCCAUUACCCUAAGAGGACGCCGCGCAUCUCGAAGCCAAAGACCCAGCGUAUUCGUUCACUAGCGUCUACCAUUACAGGAUUACUCUGCUCUCCAGCUAGCCUAAAACCUAGACGACCUUUCGACGACUUAUCUUUAUCUAUCUAUUGUCACUUACGUUGCGAUUUCCAGCUUACGUCCAAGACACGAUCCCGAGUUUCUCUAGACUUUUCUCCCCGUCCUCUACACAGAGACCCCCUCCCCUUCCCUGCAGACCCAAGAAUAGACCUCUCUUACGCAUGUUAAUGUACAUAUAUAAUGUUAUAGUGUAUUUUAUCGACGUAAGGACCUUCGCGCGCGCAGAGAUAUGCACACAUACACACAAAUGCAUACCCAGGAAGUACGUGCAUAGAUACAUAUAGACGUAUUAUACAUAUAUAUAUACAGAUACAAAACACGUAAAUACCUAUGUUAAUACGUACACAUACAUAUACACACAUAUAUACACACGCAUAUACAGACAUCAAAGUACCUACGAUAGCAGUUCACUGUCAAGGGCGGCUCUCUCCUCAUCUCUACUUUUCUACAUUUUAUCUUCCGUCUCGUCGAGAUGCUUUCGGGAUAUUUUCAAUACAGUUCGAGUGCACAAAGGAAGAAAAUCGAGCCUAGCGUGAAUCGAUUUAUGGCGGAGUGCGAAUUUUCCGAUAGUUCCCUCUGGCAUUUAAUUAAUUUUGCCACCGAAAGUGUCGUGUCGUUCCGAUAACGAACCGAUAACUCGGCACUCGUUUGCUCUAUUGCAAGCUAUACGUUGUCCGGAUAUUACGUAUCGCUUGUGGAUUUCGGACGGGGUGAGAUUAUUCCAGUCGAUUGAAUUCGUCGUUAAGGUAAGU